CCUGGCACGAAAUCGUUGCUCAUCGGUGUGUCAAAUUGGCCCACAACAUCAGUUUAUCUCCCAGGCAACCGGAAGCGAUUGCCUUGAGGACAGAUAGCUUGAAGAGAACAAAUUUACAAGUCAUGACCGAUUCAGUUGCCUCUGACAAGACCGAUCCUAAGAAUUCCAUCAAACUCAAACUCUGCCAAACCGAGAACGUGGGUGUCGAACGAACUCUCUCCUUCGAGAAUUUCUUACAUGGCAAAGAAGCCAACCAGGCUUCGGAUAACUUAAAAGUCAAAGAUGGUCCGACCUAUAAACCUGCGAUAAGAUUGUCCCGCCCUCAACCUGAGAUAUUUUUCGCGCCGAGACCCAAAAGCGAGCUCGAUGCGGCCACCGUUAAGAUGCAGAAAGUGUACAAGAGUUACAGAACAAGAAGAAACUUGGCAGAUUGCGCAGUUGUGGUCGAGGAGCUCUGGUGGAAGGCGAUAGAUUUUGCGGCCCUGAAGCAUAGUUCCGCAUCAUUCUACGGGAAUGAUAAGCCGGAAACUGCUGGUUCUCGGUGGGCGAGGGCAAGAACUAGAGUCGCCAAGGUAGUAAACGCUUUGUCAAAAGAUGAGAAGGCUCAAAAGCUAGCAUUACAGCACUGGCUUGAAGCUGUAAGUGCCCUUAUCCUCCUGAGGCACGCACCACCACGAUCGCUUUUCUUUCCAAGAAAAGGAGAUUUGAGUAUCUUAAAUACUGCUGAUAGUAUCUUGUUUGAACAGAUUGACCCGAGGCAUCGUUACAGCCACAAUUUGCAUCUCUACUAUGACGAGUGGUUCAAAAGCGAGACCACACAGCCUUUCUUCUACUGGUUGGAUGUUGGACAAGGCAAAGAUAUAAAUCUCGAAAAGUGCCCGAGAAGUGUUCUGCGUCGGCAAUGCAUCAAGUAUCUCGGACCUAACGAAAGAGAAGCCUUCGAGGUGAGAGUCAAAAACGGGAAACUCAUGUAUAGCCAAAGCGGCAUGCUUGUGGACACUGUGGAAGGUUCAAAGUGGAUAUUCGUACUUAGCAAGUCGAGGGCCUUGUAUGUGGGUCAAAAGAAGAAAGGCGUGUUUCAGCACUCCAGUUUUCUCGCCGGUGCCGCCAUCACCGCAGCUGGAAGAUUAGUCGCCCAUAAGGGGAUUCUAGAGGCUAUUUGGCUAUCCAGUGGGCGCUUCCACCCAACAGAAGAGAACUUCAGGGAACUCAUCAGCUUCUUGGAGGAGCAUCGUGUAGACCUCAGCAAUGUCAUCGUAUCAGAUGCUCUAGCUCGACGUUCUGAGUGAUGCGCUCGAUUGAGACCAUCUCCGGCAAAACCUGAACGAGUACCAAAGCCCGCACGAGUCAAGCUAAGCCCAUUGCCGAAGAAAGUUGGAGGCCCGAACGUGCUGCCCAUUACUCAGCUUCGAGAGAGAGGAACAGAUGAACCGUUUGCCGAGCCCGUUUAUUUCGCGAAAAAACUUACUACUAGUUUUCUUUAUUUAUGGACGUUUGAAUCGUUGAGGAAAGCAAUAAAGAGAGUCUUUUCAUAGUUAA